CAGCGGCCCGGGUGAGGCUGCUGUCGCCGCCCGGGCUGGUUGGGGCUGGUGUUUGUGGGAGGCGCCGGGGUGAUGGCGGUGGAGACUCUGUCCCCGGACUGGGAGUUCGACCGUGUUGACGACGGCUCACAGAAAAUUCAUGCGGAAGUCCAGCUGAAGAAUUAUGGAAAAUUUCUUGAGGAAUAUACAUCUCAAUUGAGAAGAAUUGAAGACGCCCUGGAUGACUCAAUUGGAGAUGUGUGGGAUUUCAAUCUUGACCCGAUAGCAUUAAAGCUUCUGCCUUAUGAACAGUCUUCCCUUUUGGAACUUAUAAAGACCGAAAACAAGGUCUUAAACAAAGUCAUCACUGUUUAUGCUGCACUUUGUUGUGAAAUCAAGAAAUUAAAAUAUGAGGCUGAAACUAAAUUUUAUAAUGGCCUCUUGUUCUACGGAGAAGGAGCUACCGAUUCCAGCAUGGUGGAAGGCGAUUGCCAAAUUCAAAUGGGAAGAUUUAUUUCAUUCUUACAGGAACUGUCUUGUUUUGUUACCAGGUGCUAUGAAGUGGUGAUGAAUGUAGUCCAUCAGUUGGCUGCCCUCUAUAUCAGUAACAAGAUUGCACCCAAAAUUAUAGAGACAACUGGAGUUCAUUUUCAGACUAUGUAUGAGCACUUGGGAGAGCUGCUAACAGUUUUGCUCACCUUGGAUGAAAUCAUUGAUAAUCAUGUCACAUUGAAAGACCACUGGACUAUGUACAAAAGAUUACUGAAAUCUGUGCAUCACAAUCCUUCAAAAUUUGGGAUUCAAGAAGAAAAACUAAAGCCAUUCGAAAAGUUUUUACUGAAACUAGAAGGGCAGUUGCUCGAUGGAAUGAUAUUCCAGGCCUGUAUAGAACAACAGUUUGAUUCUCUAAAUGGAGGAGUAUCUGUGUCAAAAAAUAGCACUUUUGCUGAAGAAUUUGCACAUAGUAUUCGCUCAAUUUUUGCAAAUGUAGAAGCCAAACUUGGAGAACCUUCUGAAAUUGACCAAAGAGACAAGUAUGUUGGAAUUUGUGGACUCUUUGUGCUGCACUUUCAAAUUUUUCGAACAGUUGAUAAAAAGUUUUAUAAGUCUUUAUUGGACAUCUGUAAGAAGGUACCAGCCAUCACUCUAACUGCUAAUAUUAUUUGGUUUCCCGAUAAUUUUCUGAUCCAGAAGAUACCAGCAGCUGCCAAACUUAUAGACAGAAAAAGUCUUCAAGCCAUUAAAAUGCAUAGGGAUACUUUCCUGCAGCAGAAAGCUCAAUCACUUACCAAAGAUGUGCAGUCUUACUACGUCUUUGUGAGCUCAUGGAUGAUGAAAAUGGAAUCUAUUUUAUCCAAAGAGCAGAGAAUGGAUAAGUUUGCUGAAGACCUCACUAAUAGAUGUAAUAUUUUUAUACAGGGCUUCUUAUAUGCAUAUGGUAUUAGUAACAUUAUUAAAACCACAAUGAAUCUCUACAUGUCCAUGCAAAAGCCAAUGACCAAAACUUCCGUUAAGGCAUUGUGCAGGCUUGUUGAACUUCUUAAGGCAAUAGAGCAUAUGUUCUACAGAAGAAGCAUGGUCGUGGCUGAUUCAGUUUCUCACAUAACACAGCACCUUCAGCAUCAGGCUCUUAAUUCUAUUUCUGUGGCCAAGAAAAGAGUAAUUUCUGACAAAAAAUACAGUGAACAGCGUCUUGAUGUCCUCUCUGCUCUAGUUUUGGCUGAAAAUACACUAAAUGGACCAAGCACAAAGCAAAGACGACUAAUAGUUUCUUUGGCACUAAGUGUUGGCACACAAAUGAAAACAUUUAAGGACGAAGAACUCUUUCCGCUUCAAGUGGUCAUGAAAAAGCUGGAUCUUAUCAGUGAACUUAGAGAACGAGUCCAAACACAAUGUGAUUGUUGUUUUUUGUACUGGCAUCGAGCUGUCUUCCCAAUUUAUUUAGAUGAUGUGUAUGAAAAUGCCAUUGAUGCAGCCAGAUUACAUUACAUGUUCAGUGCUUUACGCGACUGUGUACCUGCUAUGAUGCACGCAAGGCAUUUAGAGUCCUAUGAAAUACUUCUGGAUUGCUAUGACAAGGAAAUUAUGGAAAUUUUAAAUGAGCAUUUGCUGGACAAGUUGUGCAAAGAAAUAGAGAAGGAUUUGCGACUUUCCGUGCAUACUCACUUAAAACUGGAUGACCGAAACCCUUUCAAAGUUGGCAUGAAAGAUCUGGCCCAUUUUUUCUCUCUGAACCCAAUUCGGUUUUUCGAUCGUUUCAUUGACAUUCGAGCUUAUGUAACUCACUACCUAGAUAAGACUUUCUACAAUCUAACAACAGUAGCCCUUCAUGACUGGGCCACUUAUAGUGAGAUGAGAAACUUAGCGACUCAGCGUUACGGAUUGGUCAUGACAGAGGCGCAUCUCCCUAGUCAGACUCUGGAGCAGGGUCUGGAUGUUUUGGAAAUUAUGAGAAACAUUCAUAUAUUUGUGUCUCGAUACCUCUAUAAUCUCAACAAUCAGAUCUUUAUUGAACGAACUAGCAAUAAUAAACAUUUGAAUACAAUUAAUAUUCGGCACAUUGCUAAUUCAAUUAGAACACAUGGCACAGGAAUCAUGAAUACAACAGUUAAUUUCACCUACCAGUUUUUGAAAAAGAAGUUCUAUAUAUUUAGCCAAUUUAUGUAUGAUGAACAUAUCAAAUCCAGAUUGAUUAAAGAUAUUCGGUUUUUCCGGGAAAUCAAGGACCAAAAUGAUCAUAAGUAUCCUUUUGAAAGAGCAGAAAAAUUCAAUCGAGGCAUCAGAAAACUUGGAAUAACACCAGAGGGACAGAGCUACCUUGAUCAGUUCAGGCAACUCAUCAGCCAAAUUGGUAAUGCUAUGGGCUAUGUACGAAUGAUAAGAUCCGGUGGUCUUCAUUGUAGCAGCAAUGCCAUUAGAUUUGUGCCUGAUCUUGAAGAUAUUGUGAAUUUUGAAGAACUAGUGAAAGAAGAAGGUCUUGCAGAAGAAACAUUAAAAGCAGCAAGGCAUUUGGAUUCAGUCCUCAGUGAUCACACACGAAAUUCUGCUGAAGGCACAGAAUAUUUCAAAAUGCUUGUGGAUGUUUUUGCUCCAGAAUUUCGAAGGCCAAAGAAUAUACAUCUCCGAAAUUUCUAUAUCAUCGUUCCCCCUCUGACCCUCAACUUUGUAGAGCAUUCCAUUAGUUGCAAGGAAAAAUUAAAUAAAAAGAAUAAAAUUGGAGCUGCUUUUACUGAUGAUGGCUUUGCCAUGGGUGUGGCUUACAUUCUGAAGCUUUUGGAUCAGUACCAGGAGUUUGACUCACUUCACUGGUUCCAGUCUGUUAGAGAGAAGUACCUGAAGGAGAUAAGAGCAGUUGCUAAGCAACAGAAUGGGCAGUCAGCCAGUCAGGAUGAAAAACUACUACAAACCAUGAAUCUCACCCAGAAGCGACUGGAUGUCUACCUGCAGGAAUUUGAAUUGCUCUAUUUUUCACUGAGCAGUGCAAGAAUUUUCUUCAGAGCAGACAAGACCGCAGCUGAAGAAAACCAGGAAAAGAAAGAGAAGGAAGAAGAAACUAAAACAAGCAACGGAGACCCGUCCGACAGCACUGUGUCUGCCGAGCCUGUUGUGAAAUGAUACUGAUGGUAUGCAUUAUCCUAGGAAAUCUGUGGAAUUGUGUUAAUGCUAUUUGCCAGUCACAUGGAUGUUAAUAAGCUAUUGAUGAAUUGUUUCCUGGGUCAAUCUCUGGAAAAUAUAUCGAUGUUGGAACUUUUUCAGGCAGUGCUCUAAAGCUAGGUUCGUUCUUCUUCCAAAAGUUCUACUUUGUUAAGGUUGAGAAUGAGACUUAAAAUAGGAUUAUAGCCUGGAGGAUGUGCCUAGGAACAGUUAUUUGAAGUGAAGUUACUUAAGGGCAAAUCCAAAUUCCUAAACUGCCACUUCACAUCUCUUGUAAUGUACGUGAGUAUUUAUACUUUGUAUUUGCAAAGGUCUUUGAUGCAUAUUUGUCUUAAGUCAUUGGAAAUUCAUUGCAUAUACUAUGUAUAGCCAGUAAACACAUAUUUUUUAAAAAAAGGAAUUGAGCCUGAACUCCAUGAAGCAUCUGUAUCAUCAUUAUAAAAGGAAUGUAUGAAGAUGACUUGGAUACCAGAGGUGAGGCACAGGUGUGCUGUGAACACUCCUGUACAGUCUAAACCGAGGAGUAGUCCUUCAUUGUUAAUUUCAUGUGACUCACAGAGCUGCUGCUGUCUUUGGUGUGACAGUUUAUACUAGUUUACAUUGCUUUGGGAACAUUUAACCUCCAACAACUGCUUUAAAUGUAAGAUUUACUUGAUAGUCAAGAUGAAAGCAAAUCCAGAUAAAGCCAUAUAGUCCUGCCUGAAGCUUUCCUUCUGGGGAAGGCACUAUGAACGGAUCAGAGGAUAUUGAUGUAUUCUUUCUUCUACAUCCGAACUCAGGUUUCUUCUACAUUAUGGUUCAGUUGAAAUCUUGGUGAUGGUUUGGGCAGGCUUUUUCUUUAAAGCAAGUAUAAACUCAUUGCACUGUGCAGGCUUUUAAAAAAUUACCACUGUGAGAAUAAAGUUCUAAUAAAUUAGAUCAUUAACUGGUUUAAAAAAUACAAAAAGGUUUUUGAGUACAUUUAGUUUCUGGUGAGCUGCUAGCUUUAUUUUUGUAAAGAGUAUGCAAGCUAAAUAGUUAAUCAUGGCUUAUAAUCUUUUAAUACAACAAAAUACCUUUGCAAUGAAAAAAUUUUAAAACUUUAAAUACAAACAUUAUGGUGGGAAACUUGAUUUUUCCAUUGCAUUUGCCUGCUAAGCAUUUCUUCGAAUACAUCCUGCGAGUAAUUCUAACAUUGUUCUUUGAUUUCCAGCUUUUAGAAUGGGUGUACAAUGCCCUGCCUGUAGACAUGGGUUAGAUCGGGUAACUUUCCCAGCCGAAGAUAAAUAUGUUCACUGUUUGAUUUAAAGUCGAAAGAAACAGACUGUAGGAAAUGUUGUUUAUUAUGUAAACAUGACUUACAGAAUUAUGAACAAUGGGUGGAUGAAAGGCAUUUAAUAUUUGUAAUUCAUACUAACUGUAGAAAUGGCCCUAAAGCAUGCUGCAUAAUUAAUAAUUUAUAUUUCGAUUAUAGUAAAUGUUUUUAUUAAUGAUCUUGUAUUUUAUUAUAUCAAAUUAGUUACCGUUUCAUAGCAAGAGUAUUUUUUUUUCCUCUUUCUUAAAAGCACCCCCUUUAAUAGGAAUAGAAAUUGUGAUCAGAAGAGAAUCAGAUGUCUCCAUUCAUACCCCCAUACAUGUAAAUUAAUUGUUUUAUCAAUACUAGAUGAAGUUCACAUGCUGACUUCCUGGAUCUCUACAAUUGAGAAGAAAGUGAUGGGUUAUUAUUUUGCCUUUAGUUCAAAAUAAUGUCACUGCAGUCUGGACAAAUUAUAAAAAAUUCACGUAUUUGCAAUGAAAUCUCUGAAAAGGUGAAGCAUAUUUAAUGGUUUUAAACUUCGGAGCUACAGAACUGGAGUGUAGUCACACCUAAGUUACUGUACACAUUUGGAUGAUGAUUUUUUCUUGCUAAAAUACUUUCUUGUUUUCAGACAUACUAUAAUUUAAAAAUUAAUGUGAGCAUUGAAGUUCACAAAAAACUUAAUGAUGUUCAAAUUCUCAGGAAUUAAGGACUAACCAUAACAUUGCCAGUUCUAAUUGAAUUUUGUAAAAGAUAGUUUGUUACCUCACUUGUGUGAGGCUUCCCGCUCUCUACCAUUCUAAGAGUAAAAUACAAUAUGUAUACUCAAACAUCAAUAAAAUGUAAUUUCAAAAAUUGCCCUUCCCUGGAUCUUAUGUUCAAAAUGAAUGUCUUAAACCAGUAGUUCUUAACUUCUUUGGGGUCUCCUUUAAUAAAUAUAUGGAAUCUCUCUUUAAAAAAAAAAAUGGCUGCAUCCACAUGGGCAGCAAAUUUCGAGAAUAGAAGUAGGGGCACUGGCUCCUCUCCAUUUUCACAGAUGAAGAACUUUUCUUUCCUUUAUGAAUUCUUGAUCCUUCCAUUGUUUGUUAGUUUCAAAUAAAAAGAUCCUGCCUGAAUUUUUUAUUUUAAAUCCCAAUUCAGAGAAGGAAUCAUUAAUUUGCAGUGUUUAAUAAUAUGUUGGAAAUAACUGUAUUCCUCUUUGCAAACAUGAGUUGAAAUGAAACUAAUAAUAAACAGCCUUUUAAAUAC